CCGAUCAGGUCGUGCAGAACUACCGUAUUCCCUCAGACAUACUUAAAUUCAAGUGCUGCAGGGUAAUGGAAAGGCUGAGUGAGAAUGUGACUGAACAGGACUCUCAGAAUCUGCUUCAGGAGCAAAAAUAGGAGCUGGAAGGACGACAAAUUCACAUUAGUUCAAGCAAGGGAGGGUGCCAAGCAGCAGGAGAGUUUGCUGCUGAGCUCAUGAGAGCAGGUACUUCAGCACAAAGAGCUUGGAGGGAAGUAGUUUGUCUCUUUUUUCUCAGUUUGAAACAAUCUGAAACUGAUGAGAUUCCCAGACCAACUGUGUGCCUCAGAGGACCUCAGGCGCCUGGGAAGAGUAGGAGGUGCUGACAGUUUCCUACAUCCAAGGAGUUUGGAAGGAGUCUCACAGGAAUCCAGAAGAGUGGGAAGAAGAAACUAGGGAGGAGGAACUGUGUUUAUUUUGGAACUGUCUGGGUUAUUUGGACUUCUGCCACUAGCUCUCCAUGGAGUGUUUGCAAUGCCUGAGAAGGACUGGAAGGAAGAGUCUUCAGGGGUUCUGUUAAAUGUGAACUUUAGUGUUUAUUUGGAUGGCGAGGUGGUACCCUGAGAAAGAGUGGGUUGGUUUAGCUGGAGAGUCUGAGGCUAGCAAGCCACAAAGACGGUGUAAAUCCCUUUGGACCCAAAGAGAAACACUUGGAAUUGAAGGCCAUGUCCUGGAGCAAUGAAGCAGAGAAUGCUUGAGGCUUGGACUUGGUCUCUAUUUCCACAAAGGUCCAUGGCUAGAACUGCUGCUGGUUGGGAACUCCAUUCAAUCCCACUAUAUUAAGGGAAAUGUUGGCAGCAUGCCACACUCACUGAACAUUCUGGAGAUCCAGGCUCACGCCAAGCAGCAGCAUCACAUACUGGACUGGGAACACCAGCGAGCAGCUAUAAGGAGUCAUUGGAAGAGGUGCAUUUUCACAGUCUGCUCAGAGACCUCAGCCUAAGGUUCCAGAAAACAUGCACUCCUUUCAGUUACUGUGUCCUCUCCUCCUCUGCAAUGCCCUGGUGGUAGCUGCCCAGAGAAAACUACAGAAGGUCCCGGAGCAGGAGGAGCAGGAGGAGGAGGAGAACGUCAUGCGGAUAAGGAUGCCUCAAACUCUCUCCCGAGGAUGGGGUGAUGAAAUUGAAUGGGUUCAGACAUAUGAAGAAGCUUUAACUAGAUCAAGAAACAGCAAGAAACCUCUGAUGGUCAUCCACCACUUAGAAGAAUGCCCUUAUAGCCAAGCUUUAAAGAAAGCUUUUGUUUCCAGCCCAGAGAUCCAAAAGAUGGCUCAAGAGGAUUUUAUUAUGCUUAAUCUGGUGCAUUCGAGCACAGAUGACAACAUGGCCCCUGAUGGCCACUAUGUCCCUAGGAUCCUCUUUGUUGAUCCCUCUAUGACAGUUCGAGCAGAUCUGACAGGAAAGUAUAAGAACAGAAUGUAUGCAUAUGAACCAGAAGAUAUUUCAAACUUGAUUGAAAACAUGAGACAAGCAAAGACACUUCUCCACACAGAACUAUGAACAAUGGGCCUGACCAGAUCUACACAUGCCAGGGAAGCGGACGGAUUGUACAGCAAAAGCCAGGGCUCGACAACACUGAUGGAGCAGAAAACAUGAAAAUACAAGUCUGGAAGUUUAGUGGCAUUAGGUGCAUUUUCAAAAUGUUCUGUACAUAGUGGUUAAUAUAGAGGAAGUGGUGGUACUGAGGGAUUAGACUAGAAUACAUUCAAUCUUCUCUGAAAUAACUCUAUGGCAAAGUCAUACUUAUGUGAACCCUGUGUGCUAUAUGGGGAACAUCUGAACAGUACACUUCUUUCUUGUAAGUAACUGUUUAUUUAGGAAGUUAGCAGGUUUACAAAUCACUAGACAAGCAUCAGGAUUCUGUUUUUACUCAUGUUUACUAGCCAAUGUCUUUCAAACUUAAUAUUUAAAAAAGUGUCAAAUACAAUGUUUUUGGGGGGCCAGUUUACUUUAAUUAUUGAAUAAAUGGUAACCAAAUAUCUAAGUAUCCAUUUCUGCUCUGUAUUUUGCAGGGUAUAUAUUUCCAUAAUUUUUUCCCAAACAUAAACCUAUAUUUUAACUAUUUCUCUCUAAUUAUGGGCUAUUGGUUUUUUUUUUCCCAUGACAAGCUCCUAACAAAUCUCGCAAAUUCUUCACUUCUUUGCACAUGAUCAUUUCUGCUAGAAAGGCCCAAGAGAAGAUUAACCAGUGUUUUCUUUGGUAAUAAACAUCCAACAGUCUAAUAGUUAGUUAUGAAUCAUACCCCAGUACUCUGACUGGACACAUCCACCAUGUGAGACUUUUAUAAGCUGUAAGUCUGCUUUACCUUUUUCCUCUCAUCUUGCUUAGAAGGCACAGAAGGCAGCCAUGGUUAAAUAUACUCACAGUUGUGUAGCAAAAAUUAAAUGUGUAAUUCUAAACAGAUUAAAAUGCACACAAGGGCAAGCUGUGUACAUUUUCCAAAUUUUGUACUUACCCCUUACCUACUAGCCUACUGGGUGACCUUGGGCAAAAUCACUUGCUGUGCCUCAGUUUCUCCCUCCAUUAAAUGGCAAUAAUGAUGCUGACCUCCUCUGUAAAGUGCUUUGAGAUCUACUGAUGAAAAGCACUACGUAAGAGCAAGGUAUCACAUUACAUUGUGAAUUGCCACCAUGACUAAUGUAGGGCUCAGAAACGUUACCUGUUUUUAAAAACAAAGUCUUUACUAUCAUUCAAAGAACAUAAAAGCAUCUUCAAUUAAAUCGUUACGAAUGGAGCAAUUUUGAUGGGACUCACAAGCAUGGCACUACACACUUAUUCCAAGUCACUUUUCUGAGUGUAGCCAUGCUUAUAUCAAACAAAUAACCAUGUAAAGAGUUUAAAAAAAAUUGGACUAGAAGAAAAGAAAUUGAACUGCCAGUCCUGCAACCCAAGUUUAGGAUCUGAAAAUCAGAGAUGAUUUUUGGUCACACAUGACCAAGUUCUGAUUGCUGAAUCGUUAAUGACUUUCUUCAUCAUCCCAGAGGCAGAAUAGAUUCCAAAUGUCUCAAACCAUCACAGUCAUGUUUACAUGAUCACUUUUCAGACCAAACCCACACUAAUGCUCAAGGAGAAAAACAGAACCUGAUCCUGCAAUAAGCAUCAUCUGAGAGGAAGACACAAGGCCUAUGAAAUCUCUUUAGAAAUGAAACUUUUUCCCCCCUUUUUUUGGCAUUAAGAACCUUCUCUAAAUUACAUUAGCAUUUCUAGGGAGCUGUGGGAUGAGAAUAAAGAUCUAGGUUUAUUCAAGUAUUUUGAAUAGAUCUAGGUUUAUUCAAGUAUCUAGGUUUAUUCAACCAUCCACACAAACAGAGAUGGUGCCCCUGCCCUGGAGAGCUGACAAUCUACAUUUAGAUGCGACGUGAUGAGUGAGUGUAAACUUCUAUAAGGAAGGUCAGCAUUUCAGCAGCACAAUCAUAUGGUAACUUGCUGGCUUAGACUAGCCACAUUUAGGGUGGUUUUUUUUUACUAAAUGCAUUUAACACACUUGGUUACACCCUGUGACCACUGACUCGUCCUUUGGGUAUCACGGAGGAAGUGAAUUAAGGAGGGAUUGGAAGACAAAAGGAUAGAGGCUGUGUGGGCCAUGCAUGGCUGCUAAUGGAGGAAAACUACCUGGAGAUAGUUGCAGAAGAGGACAUCAAAGAUGGCAUAAUUGCUGGAGGGGGGGGGCGGGGAGGUGAAGAGCAAUUCUCUGAUUAUAGGUUGAAUACAAAGAUGGAGGUGGAGUUAUAGAGGGCAAAGAGAAGAUGUUACCUCCAUGCAGUGGAGGAUUCCAAGAGGUGUAUAACAGUCAGAUUGAUAGGUAAGGAAGAGGAUUUCAGCUGAGAGGAAGACAGGAGAUGGUCAGGGCAUGGAUGUCACAUCUAGCUGCAGUUAUAGAAAGGAAGGGUUGGAACUUCACAACAGCUGGGAGAAAGAAUGGCCAAGAUUUGGCUACUGUAGCAGAAUAAAAGCAGACAGAAAAUGGUUAAUCAGUGAAAUAACCAAUGUUCACUUAUUUCAAACAAACUUUUUUCUGUGUCAGUGAUGAAGCAAGCAUGAUGGCUGGAGGUCAAUUUUUAUUCUCACUUGAUAUAAAUUCUCCUAGACGAUCAGAAAGGGAAUUUUAGCAAAACCAGGUAUUUAACCCCUAAUGAUCAAAAAACCUGAUUUUUGUGAGAGGGUCAGUUAAAACUUACAACAAGAGCUACAUGGUGUAAAGGUUUAUAGAUUUGCUAGUGAUGAGAGCAUGAGGUUGUCUUCCCAGCAACUCUUCCUUUCUGAGAUGUUCCGAAAUCCUUGAGAAAAGCACACAGAAAAAGAAGGAACACUCUUGGGUAGAGCUCUGUUUGUGGGUGGAACUUGUGAGUACCACUACUUUUUUCUGCACUGGAUCCACAGAUUAGAUAACAUGAAAUUAAAGUUACCUAAUCCCUGGGUCAAAUGCAGGGGGGAAAAAAAGGAAUGGUUUGCAUAAGCUCCACCCACAAACAAAGCUUCACCCAAGAGAUACCAGAACAAGAUACCACUUCGUGUGCUGCAAAUCUUCAUACGAAUCAUUAUCAUUAUUCCUUUUCUUUCAUGUGUAUUCUGAUGGUGGAUUGCCAUCCUUCUUUCUUGCUUGCUUUGAUCAGAGGGAAAGUGAAUGUUAUCCCAUUAGUGUUCUGGUUCAGCAUCAACUUUCCACUGGAGGUAAAUGGGAGCAGUUUACAUCUCUGAGCUUCUUUAUGGCUGUCUGCAGACUCAGGCAGACAUCACUACGUUAAAGAAUCUUCAGAUUGUGAACUGUGUAUUUGCUAUAACAAAGACUGGAAUAAAUUUUAAUUGAAAGCCUAGAGGCUCGGGGCGCUGGGGGAGGAGAGUUUGCAGGAGGGGAGUAUUAUGAUGGCAGCCUCCAAAAAUUACUGGCUCACUGAGCCCACUGGAAGCCAAACCCAUUCAAUCUUUGUUCUAAAAUCCAUCCACCCCCUAUUCAGGGCUUCACUGCCACAUUGUCUAUAGUGCCAAGAAGUUUCUUCUGAAUCAAGCCCGAAUUUGUUCUCUCAAUGUUGCCACACAUCUGUCCCUGUGCUACCCUAGUUCCUCUCCCCUCUUGGAGUUUACCUCCUUCAGAUAUGUGUAGAAUCGAAUGUCUUUUUGGUCAUUACUUAGAAAUAAUUAGAGCUCAGAAAGCUAGUUAUUUAACAAGCGAGUUCCACCAGCUCCCUAAUCACUUAGGCAAACUGUAGGAAGUUAUAAGAAAAACCAACAUUUUUCCCAUAAUGAGGUGUCCAGAGCUGAAUAAAAUAUUCCAGAAGCAGUCUUGUCAGGGCUGUACUGAGAUCAGGUGGAUAAACGAUUAAAACUGAUUCUUUAAAAAGCCUUUUUUUUUUUAAAUUGUUCACGGGUUCACUGACCUCUAGAAGAUUUGGGAUAUUUCUUUUGAGAGAGAGAAUGAACAGAUUAACAUAAAUAUACCAGGGAAAUUAGAUUUAUAGGGUCACAAGUUAGCAGGCUUUUUUGAAAAUGGGGAAAAUCUAACAGUUUCAGUUACCAGUACACACAAAGUUUCAAUCAUACAAUGGAACUAGGAAUGGAAUGCUAGGAAUACUCAGUGGAGAGAAGCCAAUGGAGCGCCGCCCAGAUCUGCCAUGUGGAGCAGACUGUUCUACUAGGAAGUAAGUCUGUUUGAAAAUUGGGAUGAAUAUAAAAUAGCCAGGCCUAGGUGCUAUACCUCUUAGAGCAUUAAGAAAACUAGCAAAAUCAGUAGUUCUUUUCACAGAAUCUCACCUCCUAUUCAGCCAAGCUAUUUAUUUUACUUGUUGAAAAUACAUUUUAAAAUAGGAGCUCAGCGUUUCAGACAUUUUGGAUAGCCAUUCAUUUAUUCCUUCUCCAUGUUCAUUAAUUAGUAACCAAUCUAAACUGUAUGAUAUGUUACAAAGAGAGCAUGAGUGAAACAUUUGUUAUAUACAUAUAUAAACAAUUCUUUGUUCAGUUUCUGAAGCAGACUUGGAUAAUAAAGAGCAAAGCUUCUCCUCACAUUGGAACAUAACUGUGACAAAUUGUGGAAUCAUAAACUCAAUUUAAAAAAGGUAUUUUUCCCUUUAACAAAAAGCCUCAUUGUGGACUGAUCCUCCAUGGGCUUUUCUUAAAGUCUUUCAAGCCAACAUUAAAAACAAUAACUCAAUAUUGGUUCCGUGCAGUCACUCCUACACUAUAGUACACUAUACUACAAUACCCACUUAAGUACUUAAUCUAUAUCUAAAUUUCUCUGAGCUUCAAGUCUUUGAAAAGUAUAAGCUUCACUUAUUAAAGGAAGAUGGAAAGAGAAGGG